AUGAGUGGUCUACGAUCCGUUCAGGUAGUCAAUGUGAAUGACAAUCACAAUUAUGUGCUUGAAGAUAACACACUCCAGAGAAUUUUACUGCGUGAGGAUGUAAAAGAUCUGCCGCUGGUGGUGGUUAGCGUAGCGGGCGCCUACCGCGGAGGAAAGUCCUUCUUGCUAAGCUACUUCCUCCGCUACCUCAACUCACCGACGGAAAAGCGAAACGAAAAUGGCGACUGGUUGGGGAACGAAACAGACCCUUUAAUCGGAUUCAGCUGGAAGGGAGGAUCUGAAAGGCAUACUACGGGUAUACUAAUGUAUCCGGAGCCAUUUAUCACCACUACAGCUGCAGGAGAAAAGGUGGCAGUGCUGUUAAUGGAUACACAAGGCACCUUCGACUCCAGCAGCACAGUGCGAGAUUGCUCCAUAAUAUUUGCGCUCUCUACCUUAAUAUCGUCCGUUCAGAUCUAUAAUCUCAAAGAGAAUCUUCAAGAGGACGAUCUUCAAUACUUACAGUUAUUUACCGAGUACGGGAAACUACUUAAAAACGAAGACGGCUCCAAAGCGUUUCAGAUGCUAAUGUUCCUUAUCAGAGAUUGGCCUUACUAUUAUGAACAUGCUUUCGGUGCCAAAGGAGGUGAAGAGCUAUUAAAAAAGAGACUUGAAAUUACAGAUAAAAUGCCAAAAGAGCUAUGUGACCUCCGGGAACAUAUUCGUUCUUGCUUCGAUAAGGUUUCAUGUUUCCUUAUGCCUCACCCCGGUUUCAAAGUUUCGAAUCCAAGCUACAACGGAAACUUUUCUGAGCUUUCGACAGAAUUCAGAAACGCUCUUAAAGAGCUUGUACCGUCUAUAUUUGCGCCUGAAAAUUUGAAUAUAAAAAAGAUAAAUGGAGUUAAAGUAACAUGCGCUGAUAUGUAUACAUAUUUCCAAACUUAUAUGACUGCUUUCAACAGUGAUUCUAUGAUAACUCCUAGCAGUAUCUUCGAGAAUACCAAGAGGGCGGCAUUGAUGGCAGCUAUUCGGGAAGCUACCAGUAAGUACACGAAGAUCAUGGAUGCUGCGUGCAAUACCGACACGCCAAGUAUGCCAGGUGAAGGAGUUCGUGUUACUCAUAACCAAGCAUUGGCUAAAGCAAUCGAAGCGUUCAACAAAAAAGGGAAAAUGGGCUCACAAAAAGAGAUCGGUGCAUACCUAACUCAAUUAAAGCGUGAUUUAGAAGAUCAAUUACCACGUUAUGGCCUUAUGAACGACGGCAAGUAUCGGAAACUAGCAUUCGAAGCAAAAGAAGUAUUUGAUAAUACAGUCAAAGCAGUGCACGGUGAAAAUUUAUUUUGCUUGCAUCCGAAUGAUGUAGAACCAUUGUUCAAUGAAGCCGUUUUAGCCGCUGCUACUUACUUUGAUUCCAAAAGACAAAAAAUUCCAAAUGUCAUUGAUGAAGAAAAGAUUAAAUUCAUCCAGUAUUUAGGCAAAGAACUGAAGUGUCUCCAAGCAUUGAAUCUACAAAACAACAGACACGUUAUAACUGAACUCAAGAUGAACUUCUCUAGUUUCAUGGAAGGCUUAGUCAACAAGGAACCUCCAUUAGAUGACAACGAAUAUGAAGCCAAGUACCAAGAAAGCUACAGAAAAGCCAUUGAGACAUUCGACCAGCGACGAAAUAGGCCUACAGAAUUUCCAGAAGAUGUAUUCAAACUAUCUCUGAUGCAGCACAUGGCAGCUCAAUUUAUUAACUUGCAAGCAAUCAAUAGAAGUAAAAAUAGGAAACAAUUCAUGAUGGCGUUGUCAUUCUACACGAAUCACAUGAGUCUUUUCUGGGAUCCCGAUACAUGCUGCUUACAUCCAAACGACUUGGCAAACGAACAUAAAUUAGCAUUAGAACAAGCGUUGAAACUAUUUCACCCCGAAUUGCCAGAUGAGAUGGAGAGAGAAAUACUUAAACAGUUCAUCAAGUCGAAGUAUGACGAUCUACGCGAACUGAAUGAUGCUGCGAAUGAAACAGCUAUUGCUACAGCUGUUAACGUGUAUGUAGAAAAAAUGGAGAAAGCCACAGAAUUUAAGGGCUGGUGGAUCCCAACUUUGGGGAUUCCGUAUCUUGUCAACCUGGCUAAUAGAUCUUCCUAUCACGAGGAAGCCAAGGAAGCUGCUCUUCUUAAUUUCUACUCGAAUCGUCGCGAUCGCAUGAACAGCGCUCCCGAUAAAUACUACAAUGAACUUAUUAAGGAGAUCAACUACGCUCGGAUGAAAUAUUAA